GUGCGGGGCGCGGGUGGCCGGCGGCCCUUUGAACGGGCGGCGGCGCGGAACGGGCCGGGUUGCGGCUGGGGCGGGGCUGGUGUCCGGGCUUCAAGGGCUGUGUCGGGGUCGGGGCCGGACACCUACGCUCCUCGGCGGCGGUGGCGGCGGCGUCCGGGCCAUGGCGGCCGAGGCGCGCGUGUCGCGCUGGUACUUCGGUGGGCUGGCGUCGUGCGGGGCCGCCUGCUGCACGCACCCGCUGGACCUGGUCAAGGUGCAUCUACAGACUCAGCAGGAGGUGAAGCUGCGCAUGAUGGGGAUGGCGCUGCAGGUGGUGCGCUCCGAUGGCAUCCUGGCUCUCUACAAUGGGCUGAGCGCCUCCCUGUGCAGACAGAUGACCUACUCCCUGACUCGAUUUGCCAUCUAUGAGACCGUGCGGGACCAGGUAACCAAGGGCAGCGAGGGCCCCCUGCCCUUCUACAAGAAGAUCUUGUUGGGCUCCAUCAGUGGUUGUAUCGGCGGUUUCGUGGGGACCCCCGCGGACAUGGUCAACGUCAGGAUGCAGAAUGACAUGAAGCUGCCCCAGAAUCAGCGCCGAAACUAUGCCCACGCCCUGGACGGCCUGUACCGCGUGGCCCGAGAAGAGGGUCUGAAGAAGCUGUUCUCGGGCGCAACUAUGGCGUCCAGUCGAGGGAUGUUGGUCACCGUGGGCCAGCUGUCCUGCUAUGACCAAGCCAAGCAGCUGGUUCUCAGCACGGGGUACUUGUCCGACAGCAUCUUCACUCACUUUAUCGCCAGCUUCAUUGCGGGUGGAUGCGCCACAUUCCUGUGCCAGCCCCUGGAUGUGCUGAAGACCCGGCUGAUGAAUGCCAAGGGCGAGUAUCAGGGUGUUCUGCACUGUGCCAUGGAGACAGCGAAGCUUGGGCCGCUGGCCUUUUACAAGGGCCUCGUGCCUGCCGGCAUCCGCCUCAUGCCCCACACCGUACUCACGUUUGUGUUUCUGGAGCAGCUUCGCAAACACUUCGGCAUCAAAGUGCCAUCCUGAUGUGGCCGUGGGAGCAGAUGGGUCAUGCCCAGCCCCCUGCCCCAGUAUUUUCCAGAGUCCUGGAGGGUCAGCAGCUGAGCGCUGCCCUGAGCCCAGCACCUGCCCGCCGUGCUCCGACCCCCUCCUCCCUGGCUCAGGACC